CGCGCCCAGCGCCGCCGCCGCCCACGUUUCCCGGAGAAGUGGCCGGCAGUGACGGGCGAGAUGAAGCGGCCUGGUUGCUGGAAGACGCCGGCCGUGGCAGUGUGCCUGGUCCUUCUGGCCGGCCUGCAGGCCCAGGAUCUCCAGGGACAUGUCUCCAUAAUCCUGCUGGGAGCGACCGGAGACCUGGCCAGGAAAUACUUAUGGCAGGGACUGUUCCAGCUGUACCUGGAUGAGGUGGGGAAGGGCUACAGUUUCAGCUUCCACGGGGCUGCUCUGACAUCCACCAAGCAGGGCCAGGAGUUCGUCACCAAGGUCCUGGAGUCCCUCUCCUGUCCUGAGGACGUGGCGCCCGAGCGCUGUGCCGAACUCAGGGGCCGGUUCCAGCAGCUGAGCCAGUACCGCCGCCUGAGGACGAGCGAGGACUAUAUGGCCCUGAGCAAGGACAUAGAGGCACAGCUCCAACACGAAGGUCUCCGGGAGGCUGGCAGGAUUUUCUACUUCUCGGUGCCGCCCUUCGCCUACGCGGACAUUGCCCGCAGCAUGAACAGCAGCUGCCGUCCAGGCCCCGGCGCCUGGCUGCGGGUUGUCCUGGAGAAGCCCUUUGGCCACGACCGCCUCUCCGCCCAGCAGCUGGCCACGGAACUUAGGAGCUUUUUCCAAGAGGAGGAGAUGUACCGGGUGGACCAUUACCUGGGCAAGCAGGCCGUGGCUCAGAUCCUGCCUUUCCGAGACCAGAACCGCAAGGCCUUGGACGGCCUCUGGAACCGGCACCAUGUGGAACGGGUGGAGAUCAUCAUGAAGGAGACGGUGGACGCAGAAGGCCGCACCAGCUUCUACGAGGAGUACGGCGUCAUCCGCGAUGUGCUCCAGAACCACCUGACGGAGGUCCUCAGCCUCGUGGCCAUGGAGCUGCCCUACAACGUCAGCAGCUCAGGGGCCGUGCUGCAGCACAAGCUCCAGGCCUUCCAGGCUCUGCGGGGCCUGCACAAGGACAGCGCCGUCCUGGGCCAGUACCAGGCGUACAGUGGGCAGGUGCGCCAAGAGCAGCAGAAGCCAGACAGCUUCCACAGCCUGACGCCGACCUUCGCAGGCAUCCUCGUUCACAUGGACAACCUUCGCUGGGAGGGCGUCCCUUUCAUCCUGAUGUCUGGCAAAGCCUUGGAUGAGAGAGUGGGCUACGUGCGGAUCUUGUUCCGGAACCAGGCUUACUGCGCCCAGACCGAGGCGCGCUGGGUGGCGGACCAGAGCCAGUGCCUGCCACGGCAGAUCGUCUUCUACAUCGGACACGGUGAGCUGGGCAGCCCCGCCGUGCUGGUGAGUCGGAACCUGUUCAGGCCCUCCCUGCCCUCCGAGAGCUGGAAGGAAGUGGAGGGCCGGCCUGGGCUCCGCCUUUUCGGUCGCCCCCUGUCGGAUUUCUAUGCCUACAGCCCCGUGAGGGAGCAGGACGCCUAUUCCGUCCUCAUAUCUCACAUAUUCCACGGCCGCAAGGACUCGUUCAUCACCACGGAGAACUUGCUGGCCUCCUGGGCCUUCUGGACCCCCUUGCUGGACAGCCUGGCCUACGAGGCCCCGCGCCUCUACCCAGGAGGAGCUGCGAACGGGCACCUGUUGGACUUCGAGUUUACCGGCACUCAGGUGCGCUUUUCCCAGCAGCAGCCGGAGCAGCUGGUGCCGGGGCCUGGCUCCGCUCCAAGUCCCAGCGACUUCCAGGUUCUCCAGUCCAAGUACCGGGACAGCCCGCUGAUCUCGGCCUGGCCCGAGGAGCUGAUCGCGAAGCUGGCCGAUGACAUUGAGGCCACAGCUAUGCGGGCAGUGCGGCGCUUUGGCGAGUUCCACCUGGCGCUGUCUGGCGGCUCCAGCCCCGUGCCCCUGUUCCAGCAGCUGGCCACCCGGCACUACGGCUUCCCCUGGGCCCACACGCACCUGUGGCUGGUGGAUGAGCGCUGCGUCCCGCUUCGAGACCCUGAGUCGAACUUCCAGGGGCUACAGGCGCACCUGCUGCAGCACGUCAGGGUCCCCUACUACAACGUCCACCCCAUGCCGGUGCACCUGCACCAGCGCCUCUGUGCCGAGGAGGACCAGGGCGCCCAGAUGUACGCCAGCGAGAUCUCGGCACUGGUGACCAACAGCAGCUUCGACCUGGUGCUGCUGGGCAUGGGUACGGAUGGGCACACGGCCUCCCUGUUCCCACAGUCGCCCGCCGGCCUGGAGGGCCCACAGCCAGUGGUGCUGACCAGGAGCCCCUCCAAGCCGCACCAGCGCAUGAGCCUCAGCCUGCCACUCAUCAACCGUGCCCGCAAGGUGGCCAUCCUGGUCAUGGGCAGGAUGAAGCGGGAGAUCACCAUGCUGGUGAGCCGCGUGGGCCAUGAGCCUAAGAAGUGGCCCAUUUCGGGGGUCCUGCCCAGUUCUGGCCAGCUGGUUUGGUAUAUGGACUAUGAGGCUUUCCUGGGAUGACGGUGCCUCUGGCCUUUGCUCACUCCCACGCUUGCUUUCCCCUGUCCUGUCCCCUUCCCCUUAGUCCUGCCACCUGCCCUGGUCCUCUGGAAUCUGAUGCCUCAGGGUUAAGUCCCCAGAGAGGAAAGGACCAGGCCUUACCCCAAUCCCUUUGACAGUCUCUAUCCAGUUGUGGUGGGUAGACACAGACACAGGGAAGAAAUGGAGGCUCUGCUCUUGAGAAGCUUCCAGUCCAAGUCAGGAGAGGAAUAGCCACCUAAAGAACAUACCAGCAGCAGUUACACGAUAACACCAGCCAGCACAAAAUAAGACGGUGUGGAAGCUCCCAACUUCAGCAGAAAUGCAACAGCUAAGGUUAAUCAGGGAAGGCUUCCUGGAGGAGGUGAUCCUUGAACUGGCUCCUGGGGAAAAGACGACUGGAUAGUAGUGAGACAGGGGCACAGGUGUCCAUCAGGUACAGUGCCCAUGCGAAGCAGGUGCUAGAAACCAUCUGGAGACCUCGAGUUGGCCGUUUCUUCUAUCCCUGCCUUUCUUCCCAAGCCUCUGACAUUUAGCCUACUGUCCUGGCCUCUCUCUGGCUGCUUCCUCCUGCUCUGUCUCUCUGGGUUCCCUUCCCCUCUGUCUCCCUGCUGUCCCGCAGACAGAUGAAGGGCGGUAGCAGUGACACAGCAGCAAACAGUGGGAAGUUUCUUGCAAGUGUUGUUUGGAGCUCCCUUUGUCUGUAGAUGAACUUCUCUGUGUGGGGGAGGCCCCCUGCCCACUCUCCAUUCUCUGGCCAACCCCCUUCGUGAUAUGCAGUGGGCAUAGAUGACUCGGCCAUUCCAGGGGUCCCUCACUCCAGAGGGUCCUUUACACCUCAGGAGACUUCCUGUGGGCGUUUCCACUCUCAGUGUACUCUCUUGCUUUACCACGCAAGAUCCGGUUAAGUCUUUCUGUGAUGGGGACACGUCGUUUGUGGGGAGAGAUGUGAGGGAAAUCGUCUGGACCAUCCAGGGGCUCUGAUCUGACCAGACAGGGGCUGGGCCUCCGCCACAGGGCGGCUGCGGUUCCCAGGCGGCGCUGGCUGCCCAUGGGCUUCUCAGGGACUUGACCAGUUUGCAGCCCCCCCUCUUCACACUACCUCUCAGGGGCACGGAGUCUGUCUGCCUGCUGUCUGCUGGCCCCUCCUGCUGCAUCUCCUGGCACGGCCUGACACACUGACCACCUGGGGAGACAGACAGGAAGCCGCUGUUGAGAGGAGGUGGGUGCUCUGUUCUCCAUUAGCACCAGGCCGGUAACAGUGGCGGGGGGUGGGGUGUCUCUCUGAAAUUCCUUUAAGAAAUAUUCUCACACAUUUAGUUGGUAUUUCAGCUGCCCACAUGCUCAUGCUCCCAAGGCAGGACUGGGAGGGAAUGAGCCCGAUUUUCCCGGGUGGCUGCUCUCUUGUUUUAGAGUCACACCUUGUGUCAGCUCUUGGUGUCACACUGAGGGCUUUCCUUGGUGAGGAGAUACGUCCAGGCGUAUUUCUCUGCUUUUGAUUGUUUAUACUUUCUUCGAGGCUAUGGACUGAAAAGAAUUCCGGGGCCUGAGCUGGGGGUUCUCCGUGGGAAAGGCUCUCGUGUUCAAAGCCCCCUGGCCUCCCACGACCCUCCGACAGGACAGGUCUCCUUACACCGGGAGAGCUAACCUUGACAAAGCUCUCCCCAGUGCCGGAUCGGCAAGUCUCUGUGUCUGGGGGUCUGCGUUUUAGCUGUUUUCUUUUGCCUCCAGGGCUCAUGCUCCUGAGGGGACACGGAUGGUUGCAGGCCCGGUGCCUCCUGUGGCCAUGUGGGGGUGCUCUUGCGCCGUCCCUGCCCUCCCUUCCCCUCCCCUCCCUUCCGGGCAGCCCAGGAGCCCUUGGCCUUGAACACGCCCCCAUGCAUUCUUCAGGAACUUCAUCCUCUGUGGUUUUAACACCGCCAUGGCCACGGCGAAGGCCAGCAGGCUCUUGAUGUCACCACUGCUGAAUAAUAGUGAGUCUGUGUGGGCCUGAGCCCAGGACCUCCCGUCCGAGCGGAGGGUCCUGCCUUCAUCCAUGGAUGGGGCGGGGGGCGGGGGCUGUGGCAGGGGGGCCAAGUGGUGUCCUGAGAUCACAGCAGAAAAGUCCACCAGGAGACCCUGCCAGUGUUCCCCUGCGUCCGCUUGCUCCCUUGUCCUGUACUGGGCCACCUAGACUCAUGGUGUUCCGCCUUUCCUGACCGUGACCCACGGCCGGAAGCACACCUUAUCUCGGGAGUCUGUGAACACAUUCAUGUGCGAGUCUGCCUCACGCACAAGUUCCAUGAAGGAAUUCUUACCUUAGGACGUGAGACACCCUCCAGUUUCUAUUUUUCGUGUUUGAGAAAAGCUGCUUAGAGCCUGUUAGAUUGAGCUGAUGCAUAGUUCGAAAAAUGCUGCUCUGAUCCAACUUCACCCUGUCUGUGAGCCAAGGGCCCCGAGGUGCAGAAGGGAGCCCGUGUGUCGAGCUCACCCGGGGACCACGAGGGAGCAUGCUGGGACAGGAGCCCGGGCUAUUCCCCAGGUUCGUGCCGCGGGCCCGUCUGCUGCAGUGAUGCUGCUGUGGCCCCAGCGUGGGUGCCGCUCUGCCCCCCGACCCCCCCCCCAGCCCCGUGCCGGGUGCUCGGCUCCCUUCCUCGAGGGGUUGACGAGGACCGGCCGGCACGACACACUGUGCUCGGUGGCCUCCACUCUCUUGUGCGCCCAGUGAGGAACGUGAGGGGGUCCUUGUUUGCAGAGACUUGGACACCAGAACAGCAGUUGUCUGAUGCCACCAGGCCAGGGUGCCCCGAGGGGCGGGCGGGAGCCUGCCUGUCCUCGCGGACCUGGGGGGCUGGUAUUAGCAUCUCUAGAACGAGCACCUCGCCAUGUGCUGUGGGGAGAGAAGGGAGGGGCUUUCCAGGUGGUCGUAAGCCAGACUCCGAGUUUGCUCUGGGAGCGCAGCUCUCUGCUGACCGCAAGUCAAAACAGUCUUGUCGCGCUGGCCACUGCUGCUCGAUUCUCUGCAGACAGAGCUCUAGUCCCACCCUGGGGCUGGCGGGUCGGCGGCCUGGCGGGUCGGAGUGCCCCCCUCCCCGGGUCGUCUCCCCGGAGGACCAGGCCUGCUCUCCCCGGGCCCAGAGUUCACUGCUGCUCUGCCUCGCUCCCUCGCUUCGCUGUUUGUCCAGAGAGCUGAGGUCGGUGUGGCAGAGAAAGGAGGGGGGAAGCUUCCAUAGGCCCUUAAGGGGUCGUUUCCUGCUGUUUAGUUUUCCAGGGACAUAAAAAAAAUUUAUUUUCAACAAAAACACAUGCAGCCUCACAUAAGCAGCAUAGACUCAGUCUGUGUCGGUUUUAUCCGGUUAGGUUUUUCUCCUAAGGAGACAGGAGCCUGCAGACCUCAGGCCGCUUGUAGAGAAGCUGCCUGGCGGCGUGUUCGAGAACGCACAAGGCCCAGGGGAAGGCCUGUGGUGGCUGGCCAGUGCCAUCCGCGGCCGCCCGCCCCUUGAAAGACAAACCCAGAGGGCCGAGGGCCAUGAGAGGGCUGCUGCCACCCAGUGUCACAGGGCCGUCCCCUGCUGUCAGCCUCUGCUGCUUGUACCACCCCCAGCCCCCACCCCAGGGCCUCCUGCCACCCUCCGCUGGGUCCACAGCUGCAGCCCAUGCUGAGGGCGCUUGAGGGGCUGCUCGCUUCAUUCCGGGGUCCCGUCCUCCAGCCACACCAGCGUCGGCCGCUAACAGGAGCCCAAGGGGGCGUCCGGCCGGAUCACAGGGGCGAGCGGCUCAGUUGGUCCGCCUGGUGCUCAGAGGCUCUGGGUAUGUUUGUUCCAGCAAUGAGUGUCGCCUGGUUGGAAGUGUGGCUUGCUUCCCCCGUGGGCCCUGCUGGCCCUCUGCCCACCGCAGCUCACCUGAGCCACCGGCUCUGUCCAGCUUCUGUCUGGUGCUAGGGGUCCUGCAGGGGGCGCUGGCGGGCCGUGGGCCCCUCUCACACCCUGUGGCGUCUCCAUGGAAGUGACGGUCCCUUCGUGGCCUGUCAACGCUGGGGCGGGACACUGCAGUCUUCCCUCCACACGUGUCAUCACCCGCUGGAGCGAGCGGGACCCCAGACCGGCGUAUGUUUCUGGGGACAUGCAGUGGCAGAUGUCUUCUCCAGAGGCCGUGCUCCGUGGCCCCCAUUCGGCUUCCCGGGUGGGGUGUGAGCACGGCAUGCACGGCUCGUUGCUAAGCGAGGCACAAGCUCACCAGUGCUGUCACCAGCACGAGACAGAAACGGCAGGAGAUUGGAGGAGGCAUUUCUGAAAUCCUAGCGAGCUGGGGAGAGUGAUCUCUUUGGGGAAUCUUCCUCCCUGGGGAGCUUCUGUUUGCAAAGCGGACCCCCGGGGGCCGUGUCUGUACGUGACCUGAAGGUGGACGGGGCGGGGGGCUAGUUGAGUUAUGCUUCUGCUUGUGUGUUCGUUCCCUAGGGUGGUCUUUGUCUACACCCCUUGCCCCGCUCUCGGGUGUUUUGCAGGAAGUCUCUGCAUCUUUUCCGCCCCUCUGGUGCAGGCCGGGUAAACAGACCCAUUUUCGGUUGCUGAGAGCUCAGGGAGCACAUUUGAAUGGUUCGUAGUUCGCUGUGAAAGUGGAAGUGCGAGCGGAUGCCGCACAGACUCGCCGGUGCGGUGUUUAGCUGUAUUGCUACGGAGGUCUAGAGAGGUCGGUCGUAAAACGUCAUGAGAUACCUAACUAGCAAAGGACGGGAUGCUGGGUUAGCUCCUGCUGAGGGCCCAGAGUGCAUCCAGCUCUCCGAGGUGGGACCUGCACAGUCUUCUCCUCCCGGUCCCGCAACCAAGGCCUGAGUGCGGGGUCUUGUCUCCAGCCGGGAAGGCCAAGCUGAUCCCGGGCCAGCAAGAGACCUAGAUGGGGCGUGGGGCCAGCAUGGAAACCAGUGGGUGUCGCCGUCAAGACCGUGUCCAGGUGUCCCGUGCUGGGACACUCCCUCCGUACCAGGCUUCUGCCUGGCAAGCAGAGAGGCGAGAACCUCCUUUCUCAGAGGAACCGUGUCCUUGUGCGGUGGGGAGACUGAAGGCGCGAAGCCCUCCCUGGCGAGCAGCAGGAAAGUGCCUUGUCUUCGUGCACGAGGAGAGACUGCCCCUGGUUUCUGUGGAAGCGGCGGACACUUAGAGAUGUCUUAGACAGUGAGACACGUUCAGAACAGAGUUUUUAAAAUGACUUUUUGUAUGUCAAA